AUGCAGAAAUCCAACUCAAACGUCGAUUCACCGGUCUCAGCUACCACUGGUGAGCCGCAGAAACCUUUGAAUGAGAUGAUCGUGCGCGAGAAUUCGGGCCUUGAAAAAGUUAGGAAGGGCGUUUCCUAUCGUCAACGGCAACUCGUCGAAGAGAGGGCCAACACCGUUCAGUCCAACACUUCGCGCAAGGCAUUUUCGUGGCACCCGCCAACAGAAAUACUCUCAGAAGUUUUCCUUUACUGUCUGCCUCAAGACGAGUAUUUGUGCCCCACACCACAGGCGGCUCCCCUACUGUUGACCACAAUAUGUCGACGAUGGAGGGAGGUCGCUGUGGGCUUGCCAAGUUUAUGGUGCAGGCUGCAGAUGAAAGCCGAGCACGACAAUUGGGAGAAGAGAGCUUUAUGCUACAACCUCUGGCUCAAGCGGUCUGGAGGAUGUCCUCUCUCGUUGAGACUCGAGUGCCACACUAACUGGAGCGAGCUACAAAGCCUGCUCCAGCCAUACAUUCAGCAAAUCUCGUCUCUCAAACUUGAUUUUUUUGCCUGCGACGGCCCCUUCAUGAUGGAAGGCCUUCACGCACUCAAGGAACUUACCAUCCACAAGUAUGGGUUUGAUCCUAAAUCAACUAUCGACCGCUCUCUGUCGAAUUUGCCGCUGAAUUUGCGCAGGUUGGAUAUGACAUCACUGUUAUACAGCCGCAAGGACCUAUAUUUUGUCACUGACUCCGCAUGGGCCCGUCUCACGCAUGUUGAGAUCAACGUGAAUGGAUUAGAUACAUUCCCUCGCAUACUCCAUCUAUGCCCCAACCUCUCUUCCGUGGUGAUGAUUGGAAUACUCGACCCAAUUCAAACUCCAGAACCGGUCACGCACGUCAACCUCCAAUCCUUGCGCAUGUCUGGGGACGUAUUCCUGAGUUCAGCCGGGGCCCUUGGCCUAUUUGAUGUUCUCACACUCCCCAACCUGCGCGUGGUCGAAGCCCGCAAUAUAGGGCCGUGGCCACAUGAAGAGUUCAAGGCAUUCUUGAUGCGGUCAGGAUGUCCCCUGGAGAGCCUUAUUUUCGGCAAUGCAGUGCAUUCAACAGACCGGCAGCGAGAAGAAUAUGUCGCCCUCAUUCCUACCCUCAAAUUGAUCGUAGAACCUGAUAGCAACUUCGAUAUGCACGAAUUUCUAGAAGAUCUCGGCAGUGAAGUGGAUUCAACAGACCAGCCGCAAGAAGACUAUGUCACCCUCGUCCCUUCCUUCGAAUUUAUCAUUGAACCUGAUAGCAACUUCGAUAUACACCAAUUUCUGCUAUAG